AUCACCAUAUCAGUUGGUAUAUUAAGGAGCAUUAUUAUCAUAAUUUUAACCACUGUAACAAUACUCUUGGAUGCCAUACUUUAGUUUCUUUUAGCGGUGAUAUUAACAUUACAUUUACAUUGUAUUCCAGAUGGCAGCUCCCUGGAAUAACCGGGUCCUUCAUCCGAGCACCUGACAGACGGAUAGCAUAGGAUCUCCUCCCUUAAGGUUCGCAGGAGUAAAGAUCCUUCGAACCAGGUAUCCCCAUUGUGUUGCUCUGAGGAUCAGCUGACACCCUACCUUGAAGGGCGAAAGUUAUUUCACCUUCUGCAGGAUCGUUCGGUGGUCUUGUGAAGGAGCUGAAGGCGGGGUUGAGGAGCGGAGGUCGUGGAGGAGGAUGGCAUGUCCCUCGUAGCACCAGGAUCCUUCAAGCAUCCUAUGUGUUCAGGUCCCACCGAACGCGCGAGUCUUUUGAAAGGAGCGCCUCGACCCUUCGAAAAGUGAUUCGGACCCCUCGAUGAACUUAUCAAAGUCUGUCCACAGGUAUCCCGGCUUGUAUAGAACCACCUGUGCCAGCUGGCUUGGUCCGGGUGAUGUUCCAUUCAGUAGAUCAUAGACACAGUGUUUUCCCCUCGAGUUCUUGCCUCUUAGAAACGUAUUCCAUGUUAAUCAGUCGCGUUGUGAAGCGGGUUCGUUUCCAUACCUGACCCUUCGCUAAGGAAGCAUUCGGAACAGAGAAGUGUGACACUGCGAUUCCCUGUGAGGAAGUAGGACGAUUGCGAAUGAAAUAAACAAAAAAUAAACAGCGCAAAACAACAAGAAAAUACUGUGAAUAAUAGUUAAAACACCGUUUUAUCUUCGGUCGACUAUGAUAGAGAUGGAGGUCGCGAGGACAAGGCUGCUGGCGGCCGUCCUCGCUCUGAACGUCUUCGCGGCAGGCGGCACCCCCCUGUACCCCCCGACGUCCAGCUGGCCUGCGGCGGGCGAGGGCGGCGGCGGCGGCGGCGGCGAGCAGGCGUCCGCCGCGUACUCGCGGGGCGGCCUGGCGGGGCUGCCGCGCCCCCUGCACUUCCCGCCGCCGCGCCCCGACGACCGCUACAACCUGGUCCACCGCCGCCAGUACUUCGCUUCGUUCCCGCGGCGCCAGCUGGACCUGAAGGCGUCGCCGCCGCUGGACUACGAGCUGGAGCCGUCGUACCAGCAGGGCGUCAACAUGUACCAGUACGCCUACACGGAGAGCACCACCUACGGCGACCCCAGCAAGUACGCGGGCGGGACGGGGCGACGCGUGGGCGCGGGCGGCGGCGCGCGGCUGGGGCGGAGGUACGGCGAGAGGGUGUGGUGGCCCCGGAUGCCCCUGACCGUGCUGGGGGCGCGCUCGGAACCCUACCUGGGCAGGGUCGUCGAGCACGAGGACCAGCAGCUGCGCCCCGCGCCCCUGAAGCGGCCGAGGGACGACCCGCCAGCCUACAGCGACACCGAGGACAUGCCGCACUACAGGUACGACGUGGGCGGCGAGGGGGACGCCGGCGCCGUCUACGAGAGGGGGGCGGGCGGUGGGCGAGGGGGAGAGGGGCGGGGAGAGGGGGAGGAGGGCGGCCCUUCGCAGAACGCGUCCCUGGUGGGCACGGUGCGCGUGCAGAAGUCGCUCAACCCCGCCAGGGACAAGGUCGUGUACGCCGACGUGCCGGCACUGACCAACGCCUCGGCCACGCCGCGCCCCCUGCACCGCGGGGUGGACUCCCUCCUGCAGAUGAUGAGCCAGGCGGACGAGGCGGCGCAGGAGGCGCCCUCGCCCCGACCCGCCCCGACGCCGGAGGCCCCCGAGGCCAAGAACAAGAGUAAGGCCGGAGCGCGGGAUGCCGAGGAGGACCAGAGGAUGCUGGCUCACGUGGGGGGCCCCUCGGAGCCGCAGGGGCCCUACGUCACCACCACCGUGGCCCUCGGCUCCAUCAUGCUGCUCGUCAUCAUCAUCGUGGUAAUGGUAGCCCUGCGAGUCCAGUGGAGGGAGCGAGCGAAGGCGGCGGAGGAGUGGUCAGUGAGGCCGCCCACUGUCCAGCCCGCCUCGCCUGCCUCCGUGGGCGUCGGUCCGCCCACUCCGCCGUCGCACUUGGAUCCGCUCACGCACCUCCACGCGGAACCGAUAAGGAUUAAGGCGAAAGGUCUCCUCGAACGCAGGGGGUCAAACACCAGCCUGACCUUGGAACUGCCCUCGACCUGCCCGCCGCCAGAGGUCACCUCACCGCCUCGACACUGCACACCGGAGGAGUUUUUGAUGACCGCUGGCAACAGGAUGAGCAGGAGGCAGCUGAGACACUGCUUGAGGGACACGAGGGCGCUGCAUGCCGAGUUCUGGGAGGUCCCUCUCAACUUGCCUGAUAAGUGUGACGUCCCAGGUUCUGCGGCCAAGAACAGGUAUCGUACUGUACUGCCUAAUGAAGCCACGCGAGUGAGGCUGGACACUGGAGAUCCUGCGACUGCUUAUAUUAAUGCUAACUACGUGAGGGGCUACGACGGCGAGGAGAAAGCGUACGUGGUGACCCAGGGUCCUCUAGCCAACACCGUGGCUGACCUCUGGGCGCUGGUCAUGCAGGAGAGGUCACCGGCCGUGGUCAUGAUCACCAGACUCAAGGAGAAGCGGAGAGUCAAGUGCGAGCCGUACGUGCCCGCCCUCAGCGCCACGUACGGAGACAUCACGGUCACGGUCAAGCAACUCAUACACAAGAACGGAUACACGACUCGUCAGCUGUUGCUCCAGCGCCGGGAGGAGGUUCACGAGACGCUGCACUUCUGGUACACCGCCUGGCCCGACCACAAGACCCCCACGGAGCCCGACCAGCUGCUCGCCAUGUCCCUGGAGGUCGACCACGUCAGGAAGACUGGCACCGGAAGCGCCCGCGGUCCCGUCAUCGUGCACUGUUCCGCUGGCAUCGGACGCAGCGGCUGUUUCAUCGCCAUCAGCAUGGCCAUUAACCAGCUGUUGGAAGAAGACUGCGUUGAUAUCCUUGGGAUCUUGUGCCAAAUGAGGCUAGAUAGGGGCGGAAUGGUCCAGACCGGAGAGCAGUACGAGUUCAUUCACCGUGCCGUGGCGCUGUACGAGUCCACGCUGCCAGCCGUGUGUGUGAACAAGUGAUGCACGCCCUCUGACAGCUACCAUGCCCUCCCCAUGAACAUUUCAUGACCUCCCCCACCACGGAGUAUCUGUGGGGGCCACGGACACUACUGCCCAGGGGCUUCUGUGGGAUGGAAAAGCCGACUCACCAGGCAGUCUCUGCAAGGGCCUCACUGUCCGUGCUGUCAUGCCAUGUACAACAGCCAGCAGGUGUUCACGUACGUCCUCAGUGCACCAGACGCGUACCGAGGACAUGUUGCGAUAUGUACAGCGUGUACUUAACAGACGCGUACCGAGGACAUGUUGCGAUAUGUACAUCGUGUACUUAACAAGUGCAGUUUGUUACGUUCCACAUGGAGGACCUUCAAUAUCUGUGUGGUGCCGUGAGGACCGUCGACGGCAGACCCGUUGAUAAAAUAACAGCGUUCGCGUCUUGUUUGAUGUGGAUCUCCGGCAAAAGACAAGGCACAUUGGCCCGGUUUCCUCUGGGUGAACAAGUGUCUUCCUGGACACUCGGUCUGAUGAAAGACAAAAAACAACAACAAUUUUCCCAGUAAUACAAGAUAGAUAAAUAUGGCAGCUUAACUAGAGUGUAAACAUAAGCAUGAAUUAUUGUCUAUCCGAGUGAUGUACUUAUUUUAACAAAGAUAUUUAUCAGUUGUCAUACGAUACUUAUUUUCUGUAAUAUAAUGUAUGCAUAAAAAACAUGAAUAUACAGUAUUCACCCAUACAUACACACCACGUAACACCACACGGCCACGCACGCCCAUAUAUACGCGCACGCGCGCGCACACACACACACACACACACACACACACA